AUGUUAUUCUCAUCACCUCUCCUAAAAGAAAAAGCGUUGGCUCGUGGCAAGUCUAUUUAUCCAAAAGUGACCGUCUUCUCCGAAAUCUUGCCGCUCGCUUCGAAAAAUCGUGUUCAAGCAGGACAAAAACCACGAGCAGCAAGUUCUUCAUGUACACAAGAAUUGCAAGCAUUAUUCGGAUGUCUGAAAAAGUGGGAGUUUGACGAUGUUCCAUGUGCGAAACAGCACACACUUUACAUGGAUUGUGUUCACAAAGGAGCUGAAGAAGCUGCUGCUUAUCGGGAAGCGGCUAGAAAGGGAACCCUCGGAGAAACUGGCGCCGGCGGUAAACAAUCAAUGACUAGUGCUCAAUUUAACAAAAUUCAAAAGCUUUUCCCCCAACCGGAUCUCGGACAGCAGCCGUAUCGCCAAAUGAAACGUCUCCCAACACAAGAUUAUGCUGAUGACACAUUCCACAGAAAACAUUGGCAAGGAAAAAGAAGUUAA